GUAGAUAUCCCAGUCUGCCUCGUCGAGGAGUUUGUCGUAUUCGUGAAGUUCGUCGGCGGAGAGGGUGUCAAGGUUUUUCUUUGCGAAGGUGGAGAGAAGGAGUUCCGUUUCGAGGAUACCGCGCUGUGCACCACCAGUUAGUCUCUCGAGAGUUUGGGAGGAGCAGGUUGGAGCUGAGGUACCUUGCGGGAUUGGUAGAGCAUUCUACGACGCUUCUGCUCGAUACUCUCUCCGUGUCUCGGCACCGGCGCAUGCGGCUUCAAACUGUCAAGGUCCGGCUCGAUGAUCCUCUGCCUCUCCGCACCCAACGGAAACGGAUCACCACCAGUCAGUCCCUUCCCAGCCUCAACCUCGACCCUAGUAGUCUUGGCCUCCAAUUCCUUCACGUCGGGAGGCGGGGCACGGACAUUGCCAGCAUCUGGACCAGGAGCCAUGGGGAAGGGGGACUUGGACGAUCCAGGGACUUCACGGAGGUGAACGGGCUCCUUCUGUUGGUCGACGUUCUUCUUGCUGCCCUUGAAGGUGGGAUCAUCGGGGAACUCGGAGGAAGCACCAGUGCGGAGGGGCGAAUUGGAGGAGGUGCCGACCUUGGAGGGACCAGAGUUGAAGCGGAGAGCGGUGGCCUGGAUGGGACGAACUGCCAAGAGGCGACGAGCGAAGUUUUGGCGAAGCAUUUUGUUCUGAGUGUUUGUGAAUGUUCGAGGACGAAUUCGCCUGCGGAUCGAAGGAUAUAUAUCGGUGCCUGGAUGAGUACCCGUACAUCUUACAUCAUGUACGCACCCGCUCCCCAGGUCGGGAGGGAUGUGCCGUGAAGCUUUUUGCCAGCAGAUCAGAUGAAUUUCUACAGCUUUCCUAACUUUUGCAAGGCAAAAAGACGAUGACCCUUGGAGCGAGCUCGACCAGGCGUUCUGUC